CGUCAGAUCAACUCGAGGCAUCCGGUUCGGAACUUUUUCCCCCAGUUCGUCCCCGUUCUCUCUCUUUAAAACGAAUCAAGAAGUCCCUUCCGCCACCAAGAUGGCCACCACCACCUCUUCCUCCUCCGCCUCUCCCAUCCUCUGCGCCUCCUUUAACCAAGACAACAGGUGGCAGUUGCUUUUCUAUUGGAACGAAGGAUGGGUUUAAGAUAUUUGAUGCACGGAGUGGAAGAUUAUGCUACGAGAGAGUUGUUGGUGCAUUUAGCAUUGUAGAAAUGCUAUUUAGCUCAAGUCUUCUUGCUAUAGUUGGAGCAGGGGAGCAGCCAUCAUUGUCUCCUCGGCGGCUUUGUCUUUUCAAUACUGUUACUGGAACUGCACUGAGAGAACUAAAUUAUUUGACAUCAAUCCUAGCCAUUCGUAUCAAUAGGAAAAGACUUAUUGUCAUAUUGCAGGAUAAAACAUAUAUUUAUGACUUGAACAGCCUUGCUAUUCUGGACACCAUAGAUACUGUCCCAAAUAACAAAGGGCUCUGUGCAUUUUCUCCUAGUUCAGAAGGUUGCUAUUUGGCUCUUCCAGCAAGUACGACCAAAGGAUCUGUUUUGGUAUACAACACGGUGGAGCUGCAAUCACUUUGUCAGAUAGAUGCACACCGUUCUCCAUUAGCUGCAAUUGUCUUCUCUUCCAAUGGCAUGUAUCUGGCAACAGCUUCUGAACAGGGAACAAUAAUCAGAGUGCAUCUAGUUUCACAAGCAACUAAGUCAUAUAGUUUUAGAAGAGGAACAUAUCCAUCAACAAUCUAUUCUCUAUCAUUUGGACCAUCUGCUGAACUUCCAGAUAUUCUUGUUGCUACAAGCUCAUCAGGUUCUUUGCACGUAUUUUUCCUGGGGCUUUUGAUAAACCAAAGAAGAAGAUCCAACACGCUACUUGGUGCGAUGAUCCCUGACUCAGUUAAUGAUGCCUUCGAGCAUGCUCAUCAUCAUGUUCUUCACAAUGCGGUCCCUGCUGGUGUGAAAAGCCAUGUAACAAUCUAUAACAUAGACAAUGUUUCAAGUGUUUCCACAAUUUCUGCUUUUCGGGCAUCUAUUUUCAUCAUAACCUAUGAUGGGAACUUCCGUGAUUAUACUUUAAGCGUCACCAAGUUGAAUGAAUCUUCACGGAGCUUGGAGCGUGAAUUCAAUGUACUAGAAACAAUUUCUGAUAACCCCUACUGACUAGGAGCAGUGCAGGAAACAAAACUCAAUGGUGGGAUAAAUAUGCUACUGUCCUGCAUUAUUUGCGUGAUUGGACAGAAACACAAAGUUGUAAGGAGGGAUUGGAUUCGACUCUGAUGGAGUCUCUAAGAGACAUGACUGAACACUUCCAUUCCUUGGGGUGGUCGCUGAAGAUUGAUGCACUGGUUUGUGUGACUGACAGCUAGUUAGCGCUGGUGCAAAGAGCAUACUGAGUUUCAUACUGGAAUCAUGAGAAAACAUCUGCAUUUGGCACUUUGCCAAAGAACAUAAGGAUUAUCUUGGGUCGAUUGAAUGGGUACUCGUCACCUUUAGGGUCAGUUGUAUAUUGAAGCAGCAUGAGAUAUAUUUUUCAUGGCUCCAUGUCCACGUAAUUGUAAUACAGGAUUACAAUUAUAUAUAUCCUUUCAUUCCCUUCAUAUUGUAUAAGCAAUCCCUGUCAGUUUUUCUAGGAUUGUUACUAUUCCAAUCCACAAGUAGGGCCCCCUUUGUUUUUGGGUAAAGAAUGAGGGUCCAUUGUUCGCGAGCCAGUUAGUUGUAAUACAGGAUUGCAAUUAUAUA